CAAAAUAACUUCGUUUUAAUUUAAAGAACUUUAUAUCUAAGUUAUUCACCAGAAAAAGAAAGAAAAAAAAAAUGGUCUCUGGUCAAAACCCUAUUAAUGUUCCAGAGAUAGAUUUGUCAAACCUAAAGCCAAUGACUCCAGAAUGGGAUUCUGCAAGAUCCCAAAUAUGGAAAGCAGUGGAAGAGUUCGGUUGCUUUAGGGUUGUGUUCAACAAAAUUCCUCAAAACCUUCCAAAUUCAAUUCUCAAUGAAUUGAAAGAGCUGUUUGAUUUGCCUUUAGAAACUAAAAAGCUUACUAAUCAUAUCACCGACCUCUAUGGUGGUUAUGUAGGAAAGUCUCUUUUCGGACCGCUAUAUGAAAGCAUUGGAUUUGAUGAUCCUUUUAUGUUGGAAAAGGUUGAGAAAUUGAUCAAUGCCAUUUUGCCUCCUGGAAAGCCUGAAUUUUGCAAACAUGUACAUGAUUUGGCGAAACUAAUGUCAGAAAUGGAAACAAUGAUAGUGAGAAUGGUGAUGGAGAGUUUGGGCGUUGAGAAGUAUUUGGAUGAGCAUUGCAACUCAGUGUUUCAUGCUCUUAGGGUUCAAAAAUAUGAAAUACCUCAAAAGGGUGAGGUAGAAGUUGCCCUAAACAUUCACAAGGACCAAGAUGUGAUGACCAUAUUGUAUCAAAGUCAGAUUGAUGCAUUAGAGGUAGAAACAAGAGAUGGUAAGUGGGUAGACGUGAAACCCUCUUCGGAUAAUUUUAUGGUGGUGAUCGGGGAAACUCUCCAUGCAUGGACAAAUGGUAGAGCACACUCUCCAUAUCAUCGUGUUAUAAUGAGAGGAAAUAGGCCAAGGUAUUCAACAGGAUUGUUCACAGCCUUUAAAGCAGGAUUUGUAAUCAAAGCUCCAGAAGAACUAGUGGAUGAACAAAACCCCUUGCUAUAUAAGCCAUUUGAUCAUUUUGAAUUUCUCAAAUUGAUCAAAAGGGAUGCAGAGCAUUAUGAAACUAAUCCAAACCCUUCCUACAUUCCUUUGAUAGCUUAUUAUGGUAUUGAUGUUUGAUACCCAGCUACAUUAAAUUAAUUAUAAGCACAUAUAUAUUUUGUGUGCUUCUAUAAAUAAAAUGUGCGGGUGUUUACUUAGUUGUGUGAAUAGAUCAGCUACAUGUACUUCCACGGGUACUAAAUAAUGUUUACUUUUUCUUUUUUUC